AUGCCCUACUUCAACCCCCAUCGCGCAGGCCCGUUCAACCAUCUCGACGUGGACGGCAACAACCAAUUCUACCACCUCCAUCCCGAUCUCACCAAAUACGAAGAUGACACCAGCCGGGAGCCUGCCUAUACUCCAUCCACAGGCCGGCCAAUGUACUUCAAGAAGGUCUCAAACGUCAUUGCAGACCACCUGAAAGUCCACUCAAACUUGGACAACUUCAACCUGGACAUACACAUCGAGGUAUUCGACGAAGAAUGCAAUUCUGAGUCCUUCAUGAACCCCAUGCGUUGGCAAGACGGUGUCGAGGUAUGGGACGUUGCCGUAGCAUGCAUCAAGAUCGAGUUUGAGCGUGUGAAGCAAUUGCUUAGUUACUUCGAUCCAACCUAUUACAAUGAACACGUCAGACUGAAGCAACUUGGGGACGAAGAAAGCGACAAGCGAGCAAUGAAGUGGGGAGAUCUGUACCACACAAUCAAAGCUUUGAGACCACAUGCUGAGAAAUGGGUGGAGUAUCUCAAAGACCCGGGCUAUUGGUUGGAAGUCAUGGAGCGCGAGGAGGAGGAAGGAGACAAUAGGGAGGAAACUUUCAUGCGUUUACCUUCUGGAGGAUUGAAGCGUUGA